AACGUCGAGAUCGCCAACAGCUUGCAGUUAGUCGAGAAUAGCGAAGCCGCGCGGUUGUAUCACCAAAGGCAACGGAUCAAACUGAAAGACUAAUAGUAAUCAAAAAUAAUAAAUAGAGAAAACUGUGCAACUGUGAACCAAAGAAAAGACUCGGUUAAAAAGCAAAGACUUUGAUUGCGUCCCAUUUGGCAAGUAGAGAAAGUGCGUAAAAUGAUCAAGAGCGAGGAAGUGGCAUCUGAGCUGAGCAGCCGCACAAUGAUUGCUGACCCACUGGGUGGCUUUGUGGGUGGCUCGCACUAUCAUCCGCAUCACACGCAUCAUGCGCUGGGCAGCGGUGCCCAGCAUCUGCAUGCGCACACCUUUACCCAUCACACGCCCUCGCACCUGUAUCGCGCUGGAAACGCGCUGCCCGCUGGCAACUUCCAAGUGAUGGGCGGCGAUUCACCCACAGAGCUGGUCGACGAGAAGCCAAACAUUAGCUAUAUGGAGCGCAAGUACUAUGCGCCCACGCUGGAUGCCACGGGCAAUGCCACGCCCAAUGCACAGCACUAUGGGCUGAGUGCACUGCACAGCAUGGGCACGCCGCCGGCAUCGUCGAGUCCGAUUCCGCCGUAUGGCGUGCUGAUGCCAGCCCAUUCCGUGGGCUCCGUCUCGCCCAACUCCAGCUCCAAGACGCCCACCGAUCAGGACAUGUGCAUCAGCUCGUCGGUGGUGAAGCCGCUGCAGCUCCAGCACAUUAACCACCAAUAUGCCUCCACCAUCAAGUACUGCACCAACAACACCAUAGUCAGCGCCAAUGACUACCAUCAGCUGGCUCUGCACGAAUCGGAGCAGCAGCAGCAGCAGCAACAGCAGCAGCAACAACAGCAGCAACAGCAGCAACAGCAACAGCAGCAACAACAACAACAGCAACAGCAACAACACUCUCCCGGCGGCUACAUGCCACGCCACUCCGCCUCGCCCACCCAGGUCAUUGCGAAUACCCACGGACAUGGCAUGUCUGUGCUGAACUACUCGAGUGCCAGCUCCUCGCCUGCCAAGUCACUCAACGGCUCCGAGACGGCCGCCUCGAGCGCAGCUCACGACAGUGCCAAUGCGCAGCAGUCGAAGGUGAGCGGCUCCAGUGCUCAAGACAGCAGCACGCCGGACACCACCAAGAAAUCCGGCACUCGUCGCCCGGAGAAACCAGCCCUAAGCUACAUCAACAUGAUCGGGCAUGCCAUCAAGGAGUCGCCCACGGGCAAACUGACGCUCAGCGAGAUCUACGCAUAUCUGCAAAAGAGUUAUGAAUUCUUUCGCGGACCCUACGUGGGCUGGAAGAACUCGGUGCGUCACAAUCUCAGCCUGAACGAGUGCUUCAAGAAGCUGCCCAAGGGCAUGGGCGUCGGCAAGCCCGGCAAGGGCAACUACUGGACCAUCGAUGAGAAUUCGGCGCACUUGUUCGAGGACGAGGGCAGUCUGCGACGUCGUCCACGCGGCUAUCGCUCCAAGAUCAAGGUCAAGACGUAUACGGUUAAUGCGAACAGCUUCUACAGUGGCAGCUAUGCCGAUGCGGGCAUGGAGAACGCCAACUUCUAUGCAACGCCCGCCUAUGCCAGCUACGAUUACAGCGCAGCGGCUGCUGGUCCCUCGGCUGCGCAGGGCUUCAGCGAUGCCUGGAACGUGCAUGCGGCUCACAGUGGAGCGCCAUCUGUUGGCGUUGGCACGCUGCCGCAGUACUCGAACAUCACCUGCCUCACGGCCGUGGGCAACAAUCUGAAUGGCUCCCCCACUCCUCCGUUGGCACACUCGGCUCUGGGCAUGUCCUCGACGGUGGGCCCCUCCAGCCCGCCCGGUGCGGCGCUUCAAAGUGAUUAUGCGCCAGCCGCCAGUCUCGUGGCUGCCGGCUACUCCUAUACAACAAGUGGCAGCGGCUUGGAUAACGGUCUGCGCUCCAUGUCGCUGCAGCAGCUGCCGGCAUUGUCCUCCAUACAGACGUCGCAGUCGCAAUCGCAUCAUCAUCAUCAUUCGCAUCAUUCUCAACACCCGCAUCAUGGCAGCAUGACGCCGCCGCCAUCUCAAUCGGGCAACCAUGCCGAUCGUUCGCCAAUCGAUUUCAAACCGGUUUACCUGCCCAUGACUCCGCCUCCGACAGCGGUGAAUGGCGGCUACUAUGAGACAAUCAAAUAUUCAAAUUAGCUUAGCCAAAUCAGAUUAGCCAUAUAAUUUUCUACAUCUAUGAGUUCUUUUGCAUUAUUACCUCAAAGGAUAAUCAAUUAAUAAGUGUUAGGCCCUAAGUAGUUGCAGACAAAGUUAGUUGCUUAAAGCGUAAGCGAAUUAAUUAUUAUCAAAUAAAGUAUAUUAUAUAAUUAGCAUGUAUUUAUAAAGCAAAUAGUCAAGCAUUGUUUGUGAUCAAUCUGUUCAAAUUUUCUACAAAUUUGUUCGACUGGCAGAUGACCUAUAAUCAGUUGUACUCUUAAAUAUU